ACAUACAAAAUGCGCAGGGCAGGGUGGGGACCAUGAGGACCGGAAUUGGAAACCACUGUCUUAAGUGAUUUAAAAAUGGAAACACUUCAAACUGAAAAACAAAACCACAGUUGUUAAUUCCUUUAAAGUCCCUAAAAUGUAUUAAAAUAUUGGUAACUAUGUAUCUGCUUUGUACCUAUCUACAGUCUUAUAUGUAUGGUGACUACAUCGUAUAUGACUUCUGGCUUGGAAAGGUGUAUGAUCUCAGCAUCCAAAUAGUUGUGAAGCUUUCCAAUGGUGCACGGUAAUGUGAUCAAAAUGUCUUCUUAUGUUCUAUGAGUGAGGAAGAUGGAGCAAAAUUGUAUGAUAUUUACCCUCACAUCAGUGAUGUGGGUUUGUUCUUUGAUGAUGCCUAUGGGUUCUAUCCAGGUCAGGUUUUGAUUGGUCCUGCAAAGGUGUUUGCAAAUGUGCAGUGGCUUUAUGGUGUGAAACCAGUUCUCAGUAAGAAAAGCAAGUUCCGAGUUGUUGUGGAGGAGGUUCAAGUAGUGGAGCUCAAGGUAACAUGGAUUACGAAAAGUUACUCUCCAAAGGGUUCAGACAGUGUCUUCCCACCACCUUCGACUAUCACACAGGAGAACCUUUCCAGGUGCAAUCAACUUUCCACAUGGCAGUGUAUAAUUUUGGAUAUUUAUUACUGCUUGCUAUGGAUGAAAAAAUUAAGAAAUAAAAGAGUAACAAACUAUUUACACAACCUUUGGCCUAAACUGGCAGAGAUAGGUGGACAGUAAUUUAUACUGUUAACUUAGGCCGUACUCACACUAGGUACAGUUGCCUCGAACCGGGCCAAAGCACGCUUGUC